AUGCCAGCGGAUACGCCGACUCGCAUUCCUGGGCUGCGACGGCUCGGCAUCCCCACAACUAUGCCUUCAACUGGUGGCACACCCAGGCCAACGGUCGUGCAAAUCGGGGACAGCAUCCCAGAAUCAACGUACUGGCACCUCUCAACAGUCUUAAGGAAAACUCCACACUAUGAAAACCAAUACUACCUAUCCCUCAAUGGCUAUCUAAAGACCAUCUUCCCCGAAGAGCAGCUAUAUGGGGUCGCUCCUCAGCAUAUUAUCCGUCCGUCGUUGGAUGCGGACGACAUCGACGAGUUCCAGCUUGCAGAGCUGUCCUUCACCUCAACCGGAGGGGUCCACGAAUCUCGAUUUCAAGCUGGGCAUGAGCGGGGCAAGAAAAUACCCGACUUCACAAUCAUUAGAGUCAGGCCGACAUCCCUCAACAUGUACAACAAAUUUUUUGUUUGCAUCCUCGAGGUCAAGCGGGACGAAGUAUCCAAAUCGCAUGCCAUCGAUCAGCUGCUGAGCUACCUGCUGGCGAUGCGUGACCACUCGCGUCACGAUCCAGACGCGCCUGGGAUCCUUCUUGAAGGUCGGAAGUGCUCUGUCUGGCGCCUGGUGGACGAUGAAGUAUUCGGCACAAAUAUUGAUGUAGUGGAUGAAUUUGAUGUGUUGGACGAGAUUGAUGCGGAGACGGGGCUGGACAAGCUUACCGCUCUUUUGGCAGAUAUUUCUUGCAAGCACUGGGAUAGAGCAGAUUUUUGA